AUGGCUGUCAAAUUUGACUAAUUUACAAUGGUCUUGACAACCUGUUUUACAAAUAUCGUGUUACCAAUUUUUUUUUAAUGCAUGACAACGUAAUACGAAAUUUAAGAAUAAUGCAAAACACUCUCAUUGAAACAACUUUACAUUCUUAAAUCGAGAAAUAAACAAAGCAAGUAAUUCAUGUAUGUUGCAAUGAGCAAUAAAACGACAAUGGCGGCAAUGUCCCCAUCGAAGAGGAGACUACAAAAAGAGUUAACAUCAUUAAUACGUGAACCUCCACAAGGUAUACAUGUAGAUGAAGACCGUACUAGUCAAAAUUUAACACAAUGGAUUAUUCAUAUGGAAGGUGCAAAGGGCACUUUGUAUGAAGGCGAACAGUUUCAGCUGCAAUUUAGAUUCAGUUCUAAAUAUCCAUUUGAUUCACCAGAAGUGACUUUUAUAGGUGGAAAUAUACCAGUACAUCCACAUAUUUAUAGUAAUGGCCAUAUCUGCCUAUCCAUUUUGUCAGAUGAUUGGUCUCCUGCUUUGAGUGUGCAAAGCAUUUGUUUAAGUAUUGUAUCAAUGUUGAGCAGUUGCAAAGAAAAGAAGAGGCCACCUGAUAAUCUAUUUUACGUAAAAACAUGUAAUAAAAAUCCAAAGAAAACAAUUUGGUGGUAUCAUGAUGACAAUGUGUAACAGCAACUGCAAAAGUUAUUAACAACUUAUCAAUGUGCAGUUAUUGCUGGACCAAGUGGAAUGACAUUUUUUGUGUCUUAAAGUAAUUAAUAAAAUUUCAUAGAUGAAAUUGCUGAAAUAACUUUAUCACAUAUUUAAAGAAUUAGGUGCAUAAGUUAGAAAAUAAAAAAUAGCAAAGGCUGCAUAUUACUUAUUAUUCUAAUGAAGCAAUGUAAAAUGCGUGAGUUAUCAAGUUAUAAAUUAUUAUGAUGUUAUUAUAAAUGAUAUAUAUUAUCCUACAACUUAACUGUUUGAGUGCCAAGUGGCACGAUAGCGCUUCUCCUGUUCUGUGUCGAAAAAGACCAGCGCAGUAGGCUGUGAAGACGACAGUUACUGCACGCUCAGUUUUUAUCGAUGCGUGUCUUUAUGGUUACCGUUUAGUCAUAAAAAAAAUAAGUCAAAAUUGAAGUAAUAUUUGAUGUUCCAUUAAUGUGAACGGAACGCAUAUAAACAGAAAACAGUGUUAUUACGUUAUACAUAAACAGUGUUAUUCCUUGGCAUUUUUAGGCAUGGAAUGAAACAAGUGUUAUCGCGCUACUCGGCAUUUUUGGACACGGAAUGCAACAAGCGCUACCGCGCCGUUUGGUAAUUGUUGAUUGGAAAACGAGAAAGACCUGUGGCACUCAAACGGUUAAUAGGAAAAGCGUAAAUUAUAAAUGCAAAAAUGCAGCCAAGAAGAGUGCACAUAUAAUACUAACAAGCAAUGAAAGUGUUUCAUUAUUUGUGUAGAAAGUGCACCGUAACAUGGUAGUAAUAAAUUAAGAUGGUAAUCACUAUUAAAAUAGUAUCCUUAAAAGUAUAGAAUGUUAUCACAUUUGUUAUCCCAUUUAUUUA